AAGAGACACUCUGGUUGAAUUAUCAUGAUUUUGCAGAAGACAUUUGUUUCUAAGGAAACGUCAUGCUGACACUGUUGGCAUAUACCGUAUUCCGUGGGAUCAUUCUAGAGAUAAUUGAUCUCUGGCGUUGCUGUCUUUCUCUGAUCCAUUUUGUUGUAAAUUUGUAUUAUUAUUAUGUCUAUGGUAUAUGAUUGUGAUGUAUGUAUGAACUGAGAUUAUAGCGCAAACGCAUUUUAAAUGAUGUUUUGUGAAGUAAUAUGUGUAAUGACAGUAGUACUAAUAAUGAUAUUUCAUUAUUAUUCAUCACAUACUGCAAUUUAUUUGUUCCAUCUAUUCACAUGUGCAUGCAUAAGCGAGGAUUUCUGAUUUAAAGAACGAGCUCAUUCCAAGUCAUAAUUGUAUACUAGUGGUAAUCAGACAAGUUGCAUAAAUUAUCAAACAUUGAUAAAGCAUUUACGUAACAAUAUUUUAUCGAGGUGGCCUCUCGCCCUUUAUAUCAGUUAUGUGAUAAUAGGAAUGAGAGAGAAAGAGAGAUAUAUCUUUCCUAUAUUUAUUCUUAUUUAUUUCAUAUUUGUAAAAAAUUCUAGCGUUUUGUUUUUAUUGUCAUUGUGACAAAAUAGCACGAUUUGUCUAGCACGACCAAAGCUGGUCGCGUCAAAUUUACGUAACAGCAUCAAGAAAAAUGACUGAAUUAUCCUCAAAGCACGACCAUGAACGGAACAUUUCCGUCGUUAUUGCGCAGUCGCGAUACACGUUUCUGUAUAGUUCAUUCAUUCGCUGAAGAACGUUGCAAGAGCGUUGGGAAUGUGACUGUCAGCUCACGUCCGGCGUGUGUAUUAUUCUUCAUCAGCGUCUCCUCAUUUGUCGCGUAACUCGAAACAAAGUUGCAUCUAAGUUGAACAAGUGUGCGAUAAAUUCGGAAGGAUGUCGGACACUGCUGGAAAGGUUAUCAAAUGCAAGGCUGCCGUAGCAUGGAAGCAAAAGGAGCCUUUGUCCUUGGAGGAAGUUGAGGUAGCUCCGCCAAAGGCACACGAGGUCCGAAUUAAAAUUGUAGCUGUUGCUCUCUGUCACACGGAUGCUUAUACUCUGGACGGACUGGAUCCAGAAGGAAUAUUUCCCUGCAUACUUGGUCAUGAGGGCAGCGGCAUUGUGGAAAGUGUCGGAGAGGGUGUCACCGAGUUUCAACCUGGCGAUCAUGUUGUGCCACUUUAUAUUCCCCAAUGUGGAGAUUGUAAGUUCUGCAAAUCGCCAAAGACCAAUGUGUGCAGCAAAAUCCGCGAAACCCAGGGCAAGGGCUUAAUGCCCGAUGGUACGUCUCGUUUCACGUGUAAGGGACAAACAAUUGCACACUUUAUGGGCUGCUCUACCUUCUCCGAGUAUACAGUAGUAGCCGAUAUCUCUCUUGCAAAGAUUAAUCCCAAAGCACCGUUGGACAAAGUGUGCCUCUUGGGUUGUGGAGUAUCUACAGGCUAUGGUGCAGCUUUAAAUACGGCGAAGGUAGAGCCUGGAAGCACUUGCGCCAUAUGGGGUUUAGGAGCUGUUGGUUUAGCUGCAGCACUUGGUUGCAAAAAAUCUGGCGCAUCCCGUAUCAUCGGAAUAGAUAUUAAUACGGCCAAAUUUGAGCUAGCUAAAACCUUUGGAUGUACUGAAUUCGUAAAUCCAAAAGAUCACGACAAACCUAUUCAACAAGUGUUAAUCGAAAUGACUGACGGUGGAUUGGAUUAUACUUUUGAAUGCGUUGGAAAUGUGAACACUAUGAGAGCUGCAUUGGAAUCCUGUCACAAGGGAUGGGGUACAUCCGUGAUAGUAGGCGUAGCUGCAGCUGGACAAGAAAUUAGUACUCGACCAUUCCAGUUGGUCACGGGGCGAGUGUGGAAAGGAACCGCGUUCGGUGGAUGGAAGUCGAAGCAAAGCGUACCAAAGCUGGUAGAGGAAUAUCUGUCAAAAGAAUUGCUGCUCGAUGAAUUUAUCACGCAUAAUCUUCCGUUCGAGAAGAUCAACGAAGGUUUCGCUUUGCUGCAUUCAGGCAAUUGCUUGAGAGCCGUUCUGAAGUACUAGCAAUACGAUUUUCUACCUCGCGCACUGUGUAAAGAUUGCUGAAAAAUUUGACGAUUUAUCGAUGAUAAUAAGUCGCCAAAAUCACGCAAUAAAAGCGUGAUUAAACAAACAUAAAAUAUAUAUUUACCUACUAUUUUGUCUACCGCCGAUUUAUUCAUUUCGAUUUGUUACGUAUUCGUACUGAAUCUGCUCAAAACAAAAAUUACUGAAUAAAUUUUAUACUUACUGC